GAGACUUUUGUUACACAAUCUUUAAAUUAGUUAAAUUUUUUUGAUAUGUCUCAGACAAUUUGAGUUUAUUUAGUAUUGAGGAUGCCAGGGUGAUAUAAAAUCUCCUUCAAAGGUGUCUUAAAGAAUACUACUGAGUCUUGAAAUCACUUUAGGUUUCUAUAAAGGAAUCAAAAGGCUUCGUAACUUUACUAAAUACUGUAGACACCUAAAUUAACACCUAAUGAUAUCAAAACCAUUGUAGUUUUCUUUUAAAAACCUUUAAAAUCGAUUUAAUAACUCCUUUGCUGUGGUACCAAGAAUAUUCUCUCUCAUAUUUCGUAAUGCAGAAAUGGCCAGAUCUGGCGGGUAAAUAGCCGAAGGCCAAGCUCUGGCGGGCGUUUUACCGAGUCCCUGGCACGACGAAGCCGAAUUAAAAGCGCUUCAGUUUCAGUUUCAGUCGAGCAACGCAACUCGAACGCAACGGUACAUGAACGGCGGACGGCAAGCAUACUCAGUGUCCCGUUAUCAACAAUUCUCCAAACACCGAACUGCAGUUUAAUUAAAUAAAUACUACUACCACAUAUUUUUUUUUUCAAGUUUUAAAGCAUUUAGUAAAAGUUGCUUAAAUCCAAAUUACAAAUUCCUAAAUAGUGCGAAAAUAACCGAAAAUCAGCAGCCGCACUUUGAAGUUACGUCAAAAGGAGUCGCGAAAGAGGAAGAGCGCAAGGAGGCGAGCGGAGAGAAGAGGAGAGAGAAUCGAAAAAAUAACAACAAAGCAAACGCACGCGAUAGGAGUAACUGUAAAUGUGAAAGGAUAAAAUAGGAGAAUUUAGAAAUCAGCAAAGAACUUUUUGGUUUCCUUUUGUUUUUUGUUUUUUUUUUUUUUUUUUUGGCGCGUUGUCGCCGUUUGCCUUUUGUUUUUAUUAUUUUUCUCUCUCUGUGUGCCUGUGCCUUUGUUGAUUGCUGCCGGCUUUGGCCAAAAGGGAGGGGGUGAUAAAGCGAGGAGCAGGAGAGACACCGAACCACUGGGCAACGACGGCUUAUGUAAAGCGUGCUUUAAGCGUGCUAUGGAAGCAUGUCGUCCACUUCCAGCUCCGUGCUAACGUUGUCAUCGUUUAAUCUAUUAUUUUUCACCCAAGUGCUCACGGUACUCAGCUCGACGAUCAAGUACAACGAAUAUACGACGGACAAGGGCGGCAAUGUGAGCAUACCCUGCAUAGCCCAGGGCAACAUAAUGUGGGUGAAAGAGCACGGCAACAACAGCACGAUAGUCCAGACCGGUCGUGUUUUGGUGCUGCGCAAUGUGACCACCUUGGAUGCGGGAAUCUACGUGUGCUUCGCCUCAUUGCCACGCCCAUCAGCAACAACAACAACAACAAGUGCAACAACGAGCAAUCUAGAAACAUCAGCAACUACCUCACCGCAAAGUCAGCAGGAGAAAGAAACGCAGCCAGUGGAGGAUGAGGAUGGUAGCGUCAGGGUAUCUGAGGUCCCCAAGGACUCGCAGCAGGAAGCCGAAGUGGAGGAGGAAGUGGCAUACCAGGCCCAUCAGCGAACCGAGCUCAUCGUUCGCACCGUUCCGGGUCCGGUUUCGCAGCUAUACUUCAAGGCCUCCACCAUACUGGGCUUCCUCAUCUGGCGCUUCAACAAGACCCAAUCCGGGGGCUACCCGUUGCGCAGCUUUACGGCGGAGUACAGGAAUGUGUCCUACAAGACGCCGCCGGCGAAUGCCAGUUUCGAGCACGCCUGGAGCAGAAUGGAUCCCAUUAACAUAGCCUUCAAUGUGCGGCAAAUGGAGGUCUAUCGCCUGGCACCCAAUACCACCUAUGAGUUUCGGAUAUGGGCCAACAACGAACUGGGCAGCGGCGAGGUGGUCACCACCAAUGUGACCACGCUGCCGGAGACCAAGGAAGAGGAUCUCAUACGCCUUAUAAAACCCGACCUUGACAAUUUCGAUCCACGCAUUUGGAUAGUGGCCGUCAGCAUAGUGCUCGGAACCCUUGUGAUAUUAGCGAUCGGACUCUGCAUUGUCCUCUCCAAGGAGUGCUAUCAGUCGGCGCAAAUGGAAAUGCAAGAUGGUUGGGACAGCAUUGAGAUUAUACCGAACAUAAUACUUAAUCCCGGUUUCAGCGAGUCGGAUGGCGGUCCAGGGGGUGAUGGUGAAGAGGGCGGUCCUGUUGUGCAAGAGGACCAGGAGGAGGAUGAAGAUGAUGUGGCCAUGCCCUUUCCGCGCACCAUCAUCUUUGGCCAACACCAUCGAACACCUCCACCGCCUCGCUUGCAUUUGCCGCCGCAGCAUCAUCAUCACCAGAAUCAAAGCCAUCACCAUCAAUACCAUCAGCACCAUCGGCGGCAUGAGGACGACGACGACGAUGACUACGAGGAGGAGCACGAACCCACCAUGGAACGGUUCAAGCGCAAAGUUUCCGUCUUCUUCACCGGACCCACCAUCAAGCGCAUUUGAGACGUAUUUUUGAGUACAAAAACUGGUCACCUACAUAGGUUGUUGCAUUGCGGUUUGAUCGGGUAGUUAGGAUCUGCGAGGACACAUACUUAUAGAGCUUAUCGAUCGAAACUUUCGUUUUCAUUUCGGUUUCCGUGUCUAAAGCUUGAAAAAUGAAAUAGCAAAAAAGCAAAACCAAAAAAAGGAAAAUCCAAAAAAAAAAAGAAAACAAAAACAAAAACGAAAACAAGAAAACACCAGAAAGAGAGCGAAGUUGCAGUCGGUUGAUUUAUUGCUCAUUGUUUUGCUUCUCCCUCGAAUCACAACUAUAUAGUAUAUAUAUAUAUACACGUAUUAUAAAUAUAAACCAAAACAAAUAUAUUGCUGUGAUACAAAUUCAAUUGAACGGACAUUGUAAGGAUUUACCAUAAAGCACACGAAACACCAAUCCAGUUAUUAGCCAUCAUGAAUUUGCUGAAGCUGAAGUAGACGACAAACCAUAUUGAAUUUUGCCUAGUUGAACACGCCAUCUGAGUUACAGCAUCUGGAUUGUUCAGAUCCGGAUAUAGCCGAAAGAAUUUAGCGGACAAGUUAGCUUAGAGCCAAAAUCCUUAGAAAGAGAUCUGUUACUAAGUUUGAAAUGAAAUAAAAUCAGCAAAAAUAUUAGAAAUAGUCCGUUUGUCUGUUAAAUAAAAUACAAAACAAGCUUCCUUGUUCUUUGCGUUCCAAAUUAUAUAUAUAUAUUCGAUUGUAACAGAUCUCCAAUAGUCCUGAUAGCCGACUAUAUCGUCUUGAUUUCCUUCCUUUCCGUUGUAAACAUUUAACAAACUGUGAAACAAUUUUUGUAAUUGAGCAAAUAUUUUGCACUGUAGAGCGCACCAAAGGAUCUAUAUAUAGAUAUAUAUAAAUAUAUUUAAAACCGAAGGAAACGUUUGAUAAACAUUUUAAAUAAACGGCAAAACGCCUUGUGCUUUAGUUCGGCCUCAAAGCUAAUUAAAUUGAAUAUGAUAUGAUAUAGGAAUAUUUAUGAACGUAGUUAAAGUAGCUGGGAAACCAAAUAUUCAAAAAUGAAAAAUGAAAAAACGAAAAACGAAAAACAAACAAAAACUGCUUCCACUCACAGAAAACAAAAUCGAAACAAUGAAAUUGUUAUAAAAGAUAAAUCAAAACUAAUUUUAAACAAGCGAAUAUUGUGUAUAUAUACCGAUGCAAAAUAUAUAUAUAUAGAUAUAUAUACAUAAAGAAUGUACACAGGUGUGAGGGAUGUACAUAAAGAUAGCGAGUGGGUAUCUUAAGAAAGACUGUAGCUAAUGUUUAAGACACUUUGGCCUGCGCUUAUACCAAUUUUUGGGGCCCAACUUGGCCCGCCUGUUUUGGUUCUAACCAUUUUUUGCAUUGAUCUGCUAAAGCUACCAACUACAAAGUAUAUAGAAAUAAUAUUUCUAACAAUUCGGAAUGUGCACUUAACUUGAAAUCAACAAACAAACAAAAACAUUAACAAGAAACCCCCCCAAAAAAAAAAAUUCCAAAAUAAAUAGAAGGAAAAUAUGUAAGCAAAAAUCUCUCGCCUAAGCCCUGAACCUAAACUCUUGGCUGUAUUUCUAAUUGUUAUUGCUUCAGGUUGAGGUUUAUUGUUAUUGCGCCAGCCUCCCGUCAGCAAAUCGCUCCCUAAUCACUCUUACGAAAUUGUUUUCUAACCUAAGGGGCUAAGCCAUCGGUGAAGAAGCUUAGACCUCGACACCACAAAAACACAGACAACAAUAAAAUAAAUCUAAGUUUACAAAACCAAUUUGCGACUCUUAUCUUUGGUUA